AUGACGAGGUGUCCGGUUUGCGAGGGCUCCGGCAAGACCGGCACCACGCUCGGCUUUGGCGGCACCACUUGCGCGCUCUGCCACGGCAAAUGCUUCCUGCGGACAGAGCCAAACCCUUGCCCGUGUUGCAACGCCAACGGGGGGUUUCCGUCGUGGCUUGGGCUGAAAUGGAGCACUUGCCGCUUGUGCCACGGGUUGAAGUAUCUCAUCGACAAGCCGCUGCCGUGCCCCAAGUGUCGGGCCACUGGACAGAUCAAGGGUCUUGGAGGGGUGUUCUCGACGCCGUGCGACCUGUGUGAAGGGCAGCGUUACAUCUGGAGCCCUCACAAGCCCUGCAUCAAGUGCUACUCCUCCUCCUCUUUGUAUAAGUACUUGUUCAAGUGCAUCAACUGCAACGGUAUCAGGUACUCCCUCGACCCCCAGUACCUGUGCCCCCGCUGCAACAGCACCGGGCGCUUGAGGGGCUACGGCUGCACUCUGUGCUCUGGGCACGGGGUCAUUCACCAUGAUGUGGCUGCUUGUGCCAAUUGCAACGGGGCGGGAGAAGUCAAGCGGACGCUCAGUCUCCUGCUGGGGAACCAAACGUGCCCCACCUGUCAAGGCCAGGGGUACUUUGCCAUCUACGGGGCCCCUGCCCGGGCAAUGCAACUCCCGAACAAGGGUAAGCGAGGCCGCGAGGACGAAGACGACGAUCAAGGGGGCGGCUCGGAAGACGGCCGGGCGGAGGGCGGCAGGGUCGUCGGAGGCAGCGAGCCCCGGCCGCGGGUGAAACAACGGACGACCCCGGCCGACAAGGGCCGGAGGCUGACCAUCUCCGACCUACCCAGGCCAGAACAGCAGUCGCCCCCGGCAAAACCGCUCGCCCGGGAUGACACGGACAUCCGCCCCAACGGCGGGUCGGGGUCCGGUGACGGGGGCGAGGCGGGGGUCUUUAGGCUGGGCGUGACGACGCCUGUAAAGUCCAACGGGAAGCGCCGUCGAUCAUAGGGUAUUCUUCUCCCCCUCCCCCCCGUAAAUCACACAAAACAUUAUUUAGUUAUCUUCUCCCCCCCCUAAGAAACACCAACAAAUAGAAGAGAGUAUUCUUCGCCCCCCCCCAAAAAAACACAGCAGUGGGGUGGCUGGUAGUUCGGUUUUAGGCUGGGUGGGCGGGACACGGCGCCGCCGUGCUCGAUGGCACAGGUCAACGUUCUGAGUUGGCACCGCACGUCCUCCUGCGCACGACCAUGAUCCUAUUCCUGCCGAGAUCGCCUCUUGUAUAUGUUUGCGAGGCGGUGUCUUUUGCUUGGCGAAGACAAGGACGAAAAUUUUGUGGUUUGUGUCGACAAGCUGUUGCAAAGCUUGUCGUGUUGUACUUUGAGAGUGUGUUUGAUCAACCGAAUCCCCCGAGACCUUUGAAAGAGUCGUUUGGGCGUGAAGGGUUGAUGGUGAGCGUGUGAUUGCUUUCGCGUGUUGUGCGUUGUGUUCGUUUAAUUGUCUUUGUGUUGUGGUAUGCGUACUUUUUUGUAGUCAGGGAUGACUUAUUUUGCUGGUGCUGGUGUUUGGUUCCUUGUAUUGUGGGUUUCGCUAGACCAACCCAUGGGUUUUGACCUGAGCAUCGUUCGGUCCUUACAGAAAAUGAAAGACCCGACGGGAAGACAUUAGGCAUUUUCGCGGUUCGCUGGUUGUGAGCAGUGUCGAACUCCCGCCUUCGCUGGGAAAGCCGCUGCAUGCUUGAGGCACGCGACUUUGCGCGCCGCGCUAUGUACUAAUAGUAUGCUGGUGCACC